CGAGUACCUUCCCCAGCACAAGCCGGAUUGCCCAUGAGACCGAUAUCUCCGAUCGGAAUGCCCCUACCUGCACCCAAGUCUGCUGCUGUUCCUGAACCCGCGCCUGUGAUAUUGCAACCUGUCGAGCUUUCCCCACCCACACCAAGCAUUGUGUCACCAACACCACGCAGGGCUAACCCUUCCCCGGGGCCGCCGUCUGCGACAUCCGAUGGCGUGGAUACGACCUUCCAGGGCGUGAACAAGCUGGUGGCCCAGUGGCAAAAGAGGGCAGAAGAGGGCACGCAGCCCGCGAAGAACAACGUCAACGUCGACAAGAAAGUGCCGGCAUGGCAGAAGUUGCGUUAGGAGCGCCUUGCCUCGGAAGGCUCGCGUGGGUGACAUUUUGUAUGUACUAUUUUGAAGGAGGCGUCACCAGGUGUUGCUUCAUUGGAACGAUUUCUAGACUUAU